ACAAUUCUUUGCGCCAUGAACACAAUAUAACAGCCGCUUUUCUGUCCGCUGGUGCGUUAAAGCGCAUCUGUUACCUUUGCUUUCUGCGUAGAAUAAAACCUUGAGCGUUUCAACCAUAGACUGUACAUAAAAAGGUUUCAACUCACGUGCCAACGUCAUUAGGAAAACACAGGAAGUGUUUGUCAGGUGAGUGACGUGUGGACUUAAGCUGUACAGUUACGGGAAUAAAUACGAACUCCUGUCGCUGGCAAAGAUGACUCAUCUCACAGCACUUUUUAAGUAUGUGGACGAACACCAGGAUCUGUAUGUGCAGCGCCUCGCAGAGUGGGUGGGAGUCCAGAGUGUGUCUGCUUGGCCGGAGAAGCGCGGGGAGAUCAAGAAGAUGAUGGAGAUGGCAGCCAAGGACAUUGAGAAGCUGGGGGGAACAGUGGAAUUGGUGGAUAUCGGCAAACAGCAGCUUCCCUCUGGAGAGGAGAUCCCCCUGCCGCCUAUUGUCCUGGGUCGUCUGGGGUCAGACCCGGGCAAGAAGACUGUUUGUAUCUACGGCCACCUUGAUGUCCAGCCAGCCAGUAUUGAUGAUGGAUGGGAUACAGAACCUUUUACUCUGGUGGAAAAAGAUGGUAAACUCUACGGAAGAGGUUCUACUGAUGACAAGGGACCAGUGUUGGCCUGGUUUAACUGCAUUGAGGCAUACCAGAAGAUCCAGCAGGAGCUUCCAAUCAACAUCAAAUUCUGCUUCGAGGGGAUGGAGGAGUCUGGAUCUGAGGGCCUGGACAAACUGGUGUUUGCUCGAAAAGACACCUUCUUCAAAGAUGUGGACUAUGUCUGCAUCUCUGACAACUAUUGGCUGGGCAAGACCAAACCCUGCAUCACCUACGGCCUGAGAGGAAUCUGCUACUUCUUCAUUGAGGUGGAGUGCGGUGACAAGGACCUACACUCAGGGGUGUUUGGCGGCUCUGUUCAUGAAGCCAUGACCGACCUGAUAGCGCUCAUGGGCUCCUUGUUAGACAGGAAGGGGAAGAUUUUGGUUCCUGGGAUAAACAACGACGUGGCCCCUCUUACAGAAGAGGAGAGAAAGCUUUAUGAGAAGAUUGAUUUUGACUUGGGAGAGUACUGCAGAGACGUUGGAGUUGAGCAGCUGCUGCAUGAAACAAAGGAGCAAAUCCUAAUGCACCGCUGGAGAUACCCAUCUCUUUCUCUUCACGGUAUUGAGGGAGCGUUCUCUGAAGCAGGGGCCAAGACUGUUAUCCCCCGCAAGGUCAACGGCAAGUUCUCUAUCCGCCUUGUCCCCGACAUGGACCCCAAAGUUGUGGAGAAGCAGGUAGAACCUGGAAUAUUUACACUGAUUGCAUCUCACAUUGAUUCAAAUGUUCAUGUGACUAGAACACAAUAAUGGUUGUGGUGUGGAACAUAUUCAAGUGGCCAGUGGAAUUUAAAACUUGAUGACUUUGUGGUAGUGUGUCACAAAAUGACUCGCUCAGUCAUACUGUUUUUGAAAAGAAUAUUGCAUCUACAACUAAAACUUAAGUUAAGCAGAUUUACAGAGCAGAUCAGUUUCUUCUUAUUAAAAAAAACUGUUCAAAAACCAUAUGUAUUCUAUUCUUCUUGACAAUGAAUCAGUGAAUGAUGUGGUUAUCCUGCCAUUGUCAAGACAAAUAAUGUGUACAGUUAUCAGAACAAUUGUUUAUACAACUGUUGUCCCUUGUGAGUUAGCCCAGUGGAAUGAUUUAAAUAAAAAAACAAAAUCACAUUUCACAGUUGACUAAAAUUACACUUUCAUACAGACAAACAAACCAGUGAUACAAAAUGAUAUUUAAGCAAAACAUUUUUUUGUCCUCUCAAAAAUAAUGUGCACACAUUUAAGUCAGUUAAUCUGUGUUGUUCUGUUGGUAUUUUUGUUGAAUGCAUACAAUGAUAGAUUUUAACUGAUGAAUAAUAAUAUGGAUUGAUACAUUUUAAACCAGGUAGAUUACAGAACAUUUUUAUGUAAAUGCAUAAAUGCACAUUGUUAUGUAAAUGUGCUCAUAACACAAUACAAGCAACAACGACAGCAGGUAAAAAUGUUAAAUAAAUGCAAGUUUGUGAAGGUAAUGAUGAAAAAGAGAUGUAUUUUGUUUUGAAUGACCAUCAUCUCAAGCCUGGGCCUGGACUGUGGACCAAUCAGGAGUAAUAAAGACCAAUUUCAGUA